AUGCCCUCUGAGCCAACAACUACGAAUCAAUGCGAAGCUGGCAACAAGGAGCUUGGAGGUAUGCUCAAUCUGAGUACCGGUCUGAACACACCAGCCCCUGUUCGCCAGGAGACUCCCACCAAAUCGCCAUUCAAGACCACAGUCAGAACUAAGCGUUUUGGCACACCAUUCACAGAAGAAGAGGAGGAGACUCCAGUUGUGAAGCGUCUCAACGACGAUGAAGCCGAAGACGCUCUUGAGCAAGCGACUACCCUAUCUACACUACUACACUCCAAAUCAAUGACUGUCACCGCUGCAGCAGCACUGGGUGUCGAGGCUCCGCACUCCCGUCCAGAGAAGCAUGCUACCUCCGUCGCCACGAUCAAGCGCCGCAUCACGCCAAAAGUCCCUUUGGACAGCGAGGAGGCCGACUUGGGAGAGCAAUAUAAGCAGGGAUUGCCCGAGAAGGGGCCCGUGCAUGAGCAGUGCUUUCGGCGAUUCGAACAAUGGGAUAUCUAUGAAGCUUCUGCAGGAACACGUCGACGACGGGAUGCGGGAAGAUGA